UAUAUUCUUUUGGCAUCUGUAGAAUUGGUCUCAAGCCCUCGUAGUGGUACUUUUAUACAGGCCUAAUAUUCUACCUGUGAUUGGCUGGCGGUAUUGAUACCUGAGGCGUAGCGGGGUUCCCCGGAUUUCCUCAUCGGGCACCUUGUGACUUCUUCCUCGCUCUCCCUCACUCUCUUCCACACACUCUCUCCUGCUCACUGAACUUCUUUUCUAUUCUCUCUUUAAAGAUUUUUUUGGCUUCCCUCUUUCUUUACUCAACCUGCAGAUGUCCGUUCUCGAGACUGGCGGCCUGUCCGUCACCCACUCGUCCCAGCGCACCGGGAGUCCGGAUCUACGUCUUCUCCAUUACAACGAUGUCUAUCACGUCGAGUCCGGUUCCGCAGAGCCCGUCGGUGGUGUCGCUCGCUUCCAAUCCGUCGUCAACUACUACCGUUCCCACCCCCGCUUCAUCGAUCAACCUGGGCUCCUCACCUUUUUCUCCGGCGAUGCCUUCAAUCCAAGUAUCGAGAGUACCGUGACUAAGGGCAGGCAUAUGAUACCUUUUCUGAACAAGGCAGGGACGGAUGUGGCAUGUAUGGGCAACCAUGAUCUUGACUUUGGUGUCGCUCAAUUCCGCCAUCUGCGCAGUCAAGGGAAGUUUCCCUGGCUGCUGGCGAAUGUCCUCGACCCAGCAUUGGGUGAGGGUGUGCCUAUCGCCAAUUGUGAGCAGACGGUGAUGUUGACUGCAUCCAAUGGGCUCAAGGUCGGUGUGCUUGGACUGGGUGAGAGAGAAUGGCUGGAAACAAUCAACGCCCUCCCACCUGACCUCAUCUACAAAUCUGCCACCGAAACUGCCCUCGAACUUGCUCCCCGCCUCCGCGAACAAGGCGCCGAUCUGAUCGUGGCCGUCACACAUCAACGAGAACCGAACGACGACAAACUGGCCAAGAACCUCCCUACGGGAACCGUGGAUAUCAUCUUGGGAGGCCACGACCAUUUCUACGCCCAUUCGAUUAUCAACGGAACCCACGUUCUCCGAUCCGGAACCGACUUCAAACAGCUGAGCUAUAUCGAAGCAUGGCGGAAGUCGGAUGGCUCUUGGGACUUUAGUAUUGAUCGACGUGAUAUGGUCCGAGCAAUCCCGGAGGAUGCCGCUACGGUGAACCUGGUGGCGCGUUUGACCUCGAGCCUCAAAGCCAAAUUGGAGAAACCAAUCGGCUUCACGGUUCGUCCGCUAGAUGCUCGGUUCUCUACGGUUCGACAAAAGGAAUCCAACUUGGGCAACUUUGUUUGUGACUUGAUGCGCCACUACUACGCUGCUGACUGUGCGAUGAUGGCCGGAGGCACUAUGCGCGGGGAUCAGGUCUACCCGCCCGGAGUCAUACGAUUGAAGGACAUCCUGAACUGCUUUCCAUUUGAGGACCCUGUAGUCUUAGUGCGUGUCAAGGGCGAUGCGCUCUUCGAAGCAUUGGAGAACGGUGUCAGUCAGCUGCCUGCUAUGGAAGGCCGAUUCACUCAAGUGUCCAACAUUUCUUUCGGGUUUAAACCAUCUGCACCACCUGGAUCGCGCGUCACCUUCGCCAAGAUUGGCGGCAAACCCAUCGACUACGACCGCAAGUAUGUUCUGGCGACGAGAGGAUACAUGUCCCGCGGCAAGGAUGGCUUCGCGUCGCUACUGACACAGUCUGAAGGGGGUGAGGUAGAGGAGAUAGUCGAUGAGGAGAGCGGAGUACUCCUCAGCACGAUUCUCCGACAAUACUUCUUGAGUUUGAGGGUAAUGGGCCGGUGGCAACGUUGGAGUAACAGUAUGGCUCGGCACUGGGAUGGUGUGCACAAGGGACUGCACUGCAACGGCCGGGUGAAACCUCCGUCAGCAGGCCCAUCACCUGUUUCAGAAAAGGUACCCGCACAACCGCAACGCCCCGGUCUGUCGCGGACCAGCAAAGCGUACUACUAUGGUCGAUUCCCCCAGAUCGCGGCGAUAGAAGAAGACGCAGAAGCCGAGGCCGAAGCGGAAGAGGAUGUCAUGGACUCGGACUCUGAUGACGAUCCGGAUAUCUUGACUACGGCCCAACCCAUGACCAACUAUGUGACACUCCCGGCGCAAUCUGCCGCGGAAGAAGAGUACCGACUAAGACUCGCGCGUCAGGUGUUGCGCAAAUGGAUGCGGAAGACGGGAUUGCGCUCGUCGCGGCUCGAUGCCUUGAAUCACGGCGAGGGUGAAUUCGAGUACACUCCCGCAUGGACGCAAGGAAUUGCACCACGACUAGAAGGACGGAUUGUGAUCGAGGAGUGAGGAGAUUUGAUUUCUUGAUGGCAGUGAUGAACAAUAUGGCUUAUGAA